AUGAUGCUGGUCGUAUUGUGCUUGACGGUGUCGGUUUUACUCUACAUACGUGGACGAUGGGUGGAGCGUCUGAGAAGAGAGGAGCGUCAGCAGCAAAAUGAAGGUCAGGUGCAACAGCAGGAGGAUAGAGGAUUGCCGGUCCCGCUACGUGGAGAUCCUGCGAGGGAUGAUUGGGCUGUCUUGCGGUGA